UUUACUGCUCCGUGUGGCCCUUCUCAUUUAACUCCAUGGUGCGUAUUUCUUGUGCUUCAUUUGUCGCGGAUUUCGAGCAGUAAAUGUUGCUCGUGUGGCCGUGGCCUUAAGGCCAGGAUUGAGGGGAGAAGUAGAUGAAAAUGGCAUUUGACAAGUGCUGACGUCUAUGGUGUAAAAUUCGAAAAAUUCGAAGCGAAAAGUAUUUAUUCGGUUGUUUGUCGUUGAAAUGUAAUGCAGGAAGGAAGAAGAAAAUUGUCACUGUCGGUCAAGAUUGUCUGUUAGAGUAUUGUUUCCAUAAAUACACGUGUCACCGGAGUAGACGGAGGUUGCUACUGUCAACCGUGUGUUGUAUUUGUGGGUGUUAAAUCGAUUAAAACAAUGGCAAGACUGACAGAAGAGAUGGUUCUUGCUCGUACAAAAACAUCCGAUCUGUCAAGUAUUAGGACACUAAAUUUUUGGGGCAGGGAACUUUUAGAUGUCAGUCUGAUUCGCGGUAUGCACAAUGUCGAAGUCCUUUCGCUCAGUGUGAACAAGAUUGCGUCCCUGUCAGACUUCCAGUAUUGCCGCAACCUGCAGGAGUUAUAUAUGCGCAGGAACAAUAUCAGGGAAUUGAACCAGAUCUUGUACCUGCAGGACCUCCCCAGGCUGAAGAUUCUGUGGCUUGAGGAGAACCCGUGUGCUCAAGCAGACCAGUACCGGCUGACAGUACUGCGGGCCCUACCAAAUCUCCAGAAACUUGACAACAUUACGGUACAUCCAGAAGAGGUCCAGGAUGCUCUGAGGAAGGGUCGAGAAUUGGUACACCCUAACGAUGUUCAGGACAUGUCUCCUAUGGGUGAGAAUGAGUGGGGAUCAGGCACCAGCAGUCUGUCUCACAGCCCCACGCAGCAUGAGGAUUACAUGAAUCGUGUAUACUAUGAAGAAUAUGUGGAGAUGGAACACACAGCAAGGACACCCAGUGGUGGCCAGAGAAGUCCACCAAGAUUGCAGGGAAGUGGUGACCGGGAGCCAGAAACAGUAGAUGUAAGAAGACAUUCAGCAUAUGUACAGGAUGAUGAACAUCAUACAUAUUACAAGGCAGACAGACGCAAUGCUAAUUAUGGGGCAGAUCCUGUGAUAUACACUCGACAGCACACUUCUCCCUCUGAACGCUCCCCAGUCUCUACUAACAGUCACCCAGAAGAGGUCUUGCCUUUGGAGAGCAUUAAGGAUGAAAUAAGCUGCUGCAUGACCAAGUCAGACAGCUUGCCUCUUAUGAAGGAAGAAGAUUCCAGGCUGCAAGUCAGCACUUCAGACCGAGGACUCCAAAAUUCGAAACCUCCCUGCCCUCGCAGACCUAGCACUAGGAGUUCCAACAUCCUGUCAGCUGUUCUGUACCUGAUUAAGGAGCUGGAUUAUCCAAACUUGGAGGCAGUGCAGGUGGCCAUCCGUUCACGAAUGGAUGAACUGGAUGUUUAGCAUGAAAAUUCCCAUACCAGUAGGCUGUGUUGUUUUUGCAGUCGGGUGUGAAAUAGUAACAAGGGUUGCAGGAAUUCUGCAUAUUCCAUAAUAAAGUCUGGAAUAAUAAUAUGGUAUUUGAUGAAUUACAUGAGUGCCUAAAUAUGGUACUCAUCCUAGUUCUGUCACCAUAAAAACAACCUAGGAAUAAUACACAACUGUGAUUUCUUGAAGAAUGUUUUUGUUUGAUAAAUUAAGUGACAGUAAGCUAUACUGACAAAGGAGAAGCAAAGGAAAGAUUCAAGAAAAUGGAUUUUAUUUGGCAGUCAUGCCAGUUUGGUACACGAGUGUGUGCACCAUUAGGUAUUAGAUAUACUUCCCUACAAAACAAUGUUUUAAGCAAGAGUCCCUCAGAACCAAGAUCAUCUUAUGCACAAACAUAAAUGUGAAUCUGAAAUCCUUAAAUGCUACUUGAUGUUUAACAGCUGUUGCACAUUGCUUAAGUCACACCAUAAUUAUUUAUAAUUGAAAGUCAUGUUUUGUGCAUGUAAUUAAUAUAAAGAUUAUAAUAAAAUAAUGUUUGGUGGGAUAACAUGAACACAAGUACCACAAAUACAAAGUCAUCAGGAUGGGCUUGACACUGCAUGCUGUUUUCAGCAACUGAUAUGACAUAAACACAAGAGCCAAGCAGCAAUCCAGACAACUAACCGUGGGUGCAUUAAUAGUGUAAAUGGUGUUCUUUAACUGGCCUGCCUAUGUCAGCCAAUGCAAUCAUAACAAGCCUCAGUCUUGCACAUUAGGCUAUAAUCUUUAAAAGCUAGCAACAUUAUCAUAAUACCCAAACCCCUUGGCUCAACCUGCCAAGAGAAAUAUAUAUGAGGCUCAUUUCAAAAUUAAAGUGGAUAGUAUGAGACUGGAAGAAAAAUUAUGCUUAAGAAUAAAUAUACUAAUGGGAGAGACACUGCCUAGUGGCUAAAUCUUGAGAAGCACUGGGGGCUUCUUUCCCUGGGGUGAAGUGGUGGGGGCAUGAAGCUGACUGCUCACCUGCAUGUAGUGCUGAGGUCAAGAAUGGCGGAGUUAUAAGAGAUUCAUUUUCUUGGUAUGGUCUUGUAAAGCACAGGGACAGCUCUACCUUUUACUAUCAUGCAUGACAGAUGAGAAAAAAACAGCACUGUGGUCAUAUAUAAAGAACCGAAUUCCCUGCUCAGGUUGUUGUUCUUGUGCAUGAAAAGGUUUAAUGGAUCAAGAAGGAAUAGCUUCAUAAUAUAUGAAAUGGGCGACCCAGUGGCUUGCAAAAACAAUAUAGCCUAUUGGUAUGGGAUGUGUUUAAGCCACAUACAACUUAGAACACAAAGAAACACCAGGCAAGAAACGGCACUAACAUGGCAUUUAUUCCUGGAGGUUUAACAUCAUUGGUACUACCACUGUUUGCAUGCCUUAACAAACUUUCAAGGGAUAGUGUUCACAUGCUGUGGAACAAGCAUGGAAUGAUGAAACUGUCAUCAGAUCUUUCAAGAAGUGUGGUAUAUCAAUCCAGUGAUUGGUAUAGAUUUUUUGUGGCAAAAUGAGGGGAAGCUAAAGCGGUACCAUUUGAUUCAGAGUUUGUCUGUAUGGUGUUGCAUUUACAGAUAUAUGCCCUUGCUUUGUAUUAAAACAUUAAGUUGUACACAACUUAAAUGUAUGUAAGUGUGUAUGUAUAUACAUACAUCUUUUCUCAUUUCUCAAUGGUAACUUUCAUAUUUUAAUGGAAUUAUUACUACUACUGCAAUACAGACUCCGUUGUUUUGUAUUUCACUUGUGUUUUGUUGUGUCUUUCUUCAUACUCAUGCUCACUUUGUAAUUGGACUCUGGGCUGUUAAGUUUGCAUGUAAAUAAAUAAGAAUUGCAUUGAAUUGAAUUUAGUCAGAGUUGAUGAUAAUGAUGAUACAGGAUUUAAUGAAUUUUUGUUUAAAAUUGAAUCUCACUGUCAAAUGUAGCCCAAACCUUAAAUUUUUAAUUGAAAAUUCAAAGCCAUCAUAUGCAACAGUUGUCCUAUACACUAGUAUAUGUGGUACACACUAAGGAUAAUGUUUUCUUGUGUUUCUGCUCUAUAUAGUUCCUUGGGUUUGUUCCUGCCCAUAGCUUCAAACAACAUACUAGUUCUUAGCACUGCAAUUUGGUCUGUCUUUUCACAAAACAUUCAGAGUGGAUAAUACAGGAUUCAUUACCUGUGUCCUGUGUGAUUACAGUAGCCUGAAGUAGACUAAUGGAAUCACUCUUCUCAUAUCCCACACUACUGGUGCCUAUAAAGGCCAUAAUGGAGCCAACACAUUUGUGUAUUUUUUAAUAAUGCAUACAUGACACUGGACAGUGAUUUAAUUGGUUACACUGCCUUACAGAUUAAUUACCAAGACAGAAGUAGUAGUAGCUAUAAGAACAGCAUUAAUUUUUUAACCUGGUCACAGUUGUUGGGAUGUAGCAGAGUUAUAGCUACUCUAGAAGUGUCUGUAUGUUGUAGAGGUUUCUUCCGGAAUGCUCCAGCACAGCCACAGUUGAAUUGUCACACUCAAACACUCAAUACAAUAGUUGGUGCCCAAACAUCCAGCAAAUUCACGGUUCACUCAUAUGUGAAUGGAAGGCCACCUCCACUGCCUCCAGGUUUGGAUAGUCAUGUAAUGGGGCUGUCCUUUCAUGAUCUGGAAUCAUCAAGCUGUUCACAUGGUGCAUGUCUAUACAUAAUUCAGGUUUCUUAUGUAUCUUGUGGAAUACUGUGAUAGGAUUGAUGUACAAUGAAUCAGAGACCUCAAAAACAUCAUCUUCAACCAUCUGAUAUAUUUGCUCUCUUGUAAAUAAGUCUUAUAGCAAAAGGAACUACUCUGAUACUCUGGAAUGUCCAGUCACCAGUUUCUCAUUUGUUAAUUUGAACUCAUAAUCAAACAGUUUACAUAUUCCUGGCCUCAAGCUACUCAUACAUUUCACCAUCAACUCGAAACUUUCCUUCCUUGUCUAAUAAAUAGGUAUUUCUGUUUAUAAUGUUGACUAACUCAGCAGGAUAAAUACUCUGUGAGUCUGGAAUGUCAUUGUUAAAUUUGUGAACUUGGGUUGGGCUCCCUUCUGUAUUUACUGUGUUACAACUGUGUACCUCCUUGUCUCUAUUCAGAUUUUCAUUAAUGAAACUUAAGCCAUAAAAUUGGCUUACAAAAUCAUCAUCUUCAGUAUUUUCAGUGCCAUUAUCUGAAAUUUUCAAGGAAAAAUUCUUCUUGCAUAUAUACCUCUGUUUGCUUCUACCAGGGACUGCUGCACUCUUGUUGAGGUCAUGUGAUUCUCAGCUGUGUUUAGUUUGGUUAUAUAAAUCCUUGUCAUGCUGCGAAAUAACUUGCAGACAGUGGUGUCCAUAAACUCUGCUGCUAGUGUGAUCAUCAUAAAUGUUGUCAGUAGACAGUGAAUUUUGAAACAUUAAAAACUGGUGAACCAUGCAUGCAUCUAUGCUCUAAAAAUUACAAAAAUAUGCUUUCAGAAUGCCAAAACAAAAACUUAAAUGGCAUGUAUACAUGAUGCAUGCACUAAAUUGCUGAUGUUCUCUCUCUGUGAUGUCUGUACACUUCUUCCUGGCUGUAAUUUGUGUUGCAGUAUGUCACAGUGUGUAUAUAUAUAUUGUGGAGCAAGUUUUUGGUGCUUGUUAAGUUUGUCUGUGGAGAAGGACCUUCCAGUGUCCGCAGAAGUGACGACAAUAUUUGAACGUAGCUUCAAGAUUUGGCAAUAUCUUCUUCGAAGCUCUAAGCCCUCUCAUAUAAAUAUUUCUUGGUAGCAGUGACAGCCUUCCAUUCUGGAUUUCUUUGAAAAAUAUUGCACAGUUCUAUAUUUACACUAGCCACAUAUUGUAACCAAAUGUGCCAGACAAGUUAAUAUGACUGAGAUGUGGAUAAAAUAUGUCCAAACAGGAGCUACUUUUACCAUAUAGCAGCAGAGUGUGAUAGGUGUACACAAAACAUAUCUUUAUUCCUUCCUUCCAGGUUACAAAUGAUAGAGAAUCAUAGCAGAAUAAACAAUUAUAGAGUAAUUUGUUCAUUCUAAGACCUUACAGGCAGUUAGAUGCAGUGUUCCCCAAUCAUUUUCAUUAAGCUUUCCUGGCUGAAAUUUCAUCCACCAUGCCCAAAAUCUUGGUGUCUUCUAAGUUCUCUUGAAUCUCUCAAAGGACUGAUUUAUCCAUAUACAUUUUCCAUAUUGUUGGGGCUUGUAAGAUAUAACAUUUCUCCAGGAAAACUCAGAGAUACUCAUUAUUCAGUUUAUUUCACGGUACAUUUGCAGCAAUUGUUGUUUCACAGAGUUUAUGAUAAAGAGCUUUGAUUUCAGAAGAAGGUUGAAGAGUAGAACUGUAGAACAUAAGUAUACAGUAAAUUGUAUUUGACAGUUUUACAUGAUGAUGAUGACGAUGAUGUUGAGGAGGACUGAUAAUUGUUAUAGUGAUAGUGAAUGUAAUUAUGAUGACAAUAACAAUAGAAUAACAGUAUAAUAAUAGAAGUGUCAUGGACCUGCAAACAGAAUGACUGGAAAAUAUGGUAAAAUAUCCCAUUUUCAGGAAAAGUACCAUUAACCUGGAAAAUAAAUUAUCCAAGUUUUUUCUAAAUCUGUUUGUUCUGUUUAAUUUUGAGGUAGGAUUUUAAAUAUUCUUGGAAGUCCAGUGAAUUAAUCUACAGAUGAAAUCAGCGAUUCCAGACUUUAUAAGCCUUUGUUUAAUAAAUGAUUUCACAUCACAAAAUGUAGCAACUUACCUGUUUAAAGCCACAGAGUUAACCAAGCCUAUUGUUUGUAUAGCAAAUGUCUGGAUUGCUUCCGCAAAUGCUAAGAAAUUGUUAAAAUGUUUGCCUAUGCUACAUUUGCAGGAAUAUGAAGUUUCUCAAAGUUGUGGAUAAAUUGCAGAAUUAUUUUUGAAAAUUUAUUCAGUGAUCCUACAAACAUGUUCAUAUCAUUUCAUUCUAAAUACAGGGUAAUUCAUAAGUCUCUCCUGAAACCCCAACGAUAAUUUAGAAUCACAGUACCCUUGUAGCCAUGUAUUUAGUCUACAGAGUGAUUUUAAAUUAUUGUUGGGGUUUCCAGAGGGACAUAUGAAUUACUCUGUAUUUUAAAUGCAAAUGAAUAUCGAAGUGCAGUGGCCGCAAAUGAUCAUUGAUACUGCUGGACUGAAGACAGCACUGCCAGUGAGGUCGCAUGUUCUAUUGUGUGUUGUAUGUGGACACUGUUAGGAGAACAAAAUGGCUGGUAGGUGAUUUUUGUACUGUGCUGUAUGCAUCUUUUAGUACAAAGAAAAUUUUAGAGCCACUUAUAACAUACAGAACUCUUUUGGGCAGUAUUUCUAAUAUCUCUAUCUCUUGUGAGACCUGAGGUUGUUACUGCACUCUUUAUUCACUGCAAAGUCUUGUAGAUAUUGUUUCAUGUCAUUACAAUAACAGUUAUCUUAGUUCCUCUUAAAUUGUAAUUUUUACCAUUCUGACGCAUAAGACUACUACUUGUUUGGUGGUGUUUUAAGUUAUGGCAACUAAUUUGCUUAUGUCCACCAAAUGACCAAUUUUGCUUAUAUGAAUGCAUAUAUUUGUCCAGUUUAAUACGUAAAUGUACAGAAAUUAUUAAUAUAAUACACUAAGUUUAAGAAUUAAGGGAAUGUUAAAUGUUAAUCCAAGAGGUGAGUCAUAAGGAUCUGAAGGAAAACUGAUUUCAGAAAGUCCAUAAAAUUAAUGAAGAGGAAGCAAGUAUAUGAACAAAAAGUCGAAGUUAUGCUUGCCACAGAACACAAAUUGUGUCCCCAUAGAGUCCAAUUUUUGGCCUACUUUUCUCAUUUUGGAAAAGAAAAAUGAGAGUAGGCUUAUAUGAUCUCCAUGCUGUCAGUGUAUCCCUCCCAGUAACUUUUGAUUGCCUGAACCAGUCUUUACGAAUCUUGGUAUGUAUAUUUAGGCACCUGAGCCCAUCUUAAUGGUGUACUUCAUAAAUCCCUCACAUCAGUCUGUCUCUCUGUAUGUAUAUCCCAUAUCAUUGCUAGGCAGUGGUUUAAUAAAAUUCCUCUUAUUAUUGCUAAGUGAUGGCUAUGUAAAACUGUUACUGCAGCAACAAAUAUUCACAUGUUUUCUAUGCCGUCCAUGUAAUGUCAAGGAAAGUAGGCAAUUAGUUUUCCCCAUACUUCUUGUAUUAAUACAAAAUUUUUCAGAAGUGAAAUAUUUGGAUGGAAUAUAUGUUUCACUUCCUCAUAUGGAGGCAGGUUAGAACACCUGCAUCAUAGCCCCAUGAGCCAUAGAACGCAGUGUAAAGGGAACCUGGUUCCUGGGGGUAUAUCUGGGCCACCCUGUCACUGGGGAACAUAAAUACAGAGACCUGGUCCACCAGGUUGGGGGUGGGAUGCAAGGCUGACAAGUUUGUAAAAGAAUUGCUGGUGAGAAAUCCAAAUAAGUGAAAACUGGAUGGUCCAAUUGAAGACCAAUCUGGCAGAAUCUUCUAAGGAAG